GGUAACUCUGGUCUGGGCUUCAGCAUCGCAGGAGGAACAGAUAAUCCUCACAUCGGAGACGACCCGUCCAUCUUCAUCACUAAGAUCAUCCCAGGAGGAGCCGCGGCUCAGGACGGACGUCUCCGGGUCAACGACAGCAUCGUGUUCGUUAACGAUGUGGACGUCAGGGAGGUCACGCACUCCUUCGCUGUGGAGGCCCUGAAGGAGGCGGGGCCUGUGGUCCGGCUGUACGUCCUGAGGAGACGCCCCCCCACUGAACGCAUGACCCAGAUCAAACUGCUGAAAGGACCCAAAGGUCUGGGCUUCAGUAUAGCUGGUGGUGUGGGGAACCAACACGUUC